GCUUUAAAAUCUACAGGUUUACGAACAUCUGAUCCAAGACUGAAAGAAUGCAUGGAUAUGUUAAGAUUGACGCUUCAGACAACAUCAGAUGGUGUCAUGCUAGAUAAAGAUCUCUUUAAAAAAUGUGUCCAAAGCAACAUUGUGUUACUAACACAGGCUUUUAGGCGAAAAUUUGUCAUUCCUGAUUUUGUGUCUUUUGCCUCUCAUAUUGAUGAGUUAUAUGAAAAUGCUAAAAAACACUCAGGAGGGAAGGUUGCGGACUAUAUCCCACAACUGGCUAAAUUCAGUCCUGACUUAUGGGCAGUUUCUGUUUGCACAGUCGAUGGGCAGAGGCAUUCUAUCGGAGAUACCAAAGUCCCAUUUUGUCUUCAGUCCUGUGUAAAGCCUUUGAAGUAUGCUAUUGCUGUUAAUGAUCUUGGCACUGAGUAUGUACACAGAUAUGUUGGUAAAGAACCUAGUGGAUUAAGAUUCAACAAACUGUUCCUCAAUGAAGAUGACAGACCUCAUAAUCCUAUGGUGAAUGCUGGAGCAAUUGUGAUCACCUCUUUGAUCAAGCAAGGAGCAAAUAAUGCGGAGAAGUUUGACUAUGUGAUGCAAUUCAUGAAUAAAAUGGCUGGAAAUGAAUAUGUCGGUUUCAGUAAUGCCACAUUCCAGUCUGAAAGGGAGAGUGGAGACAGAAACUUUGCAAUAGGCUAUUAUCUCAAAGAGAAAAAGUGUUUUCCAGAGGGCACAGAUAUGGUUGGCAUAUUGGACUUCUAUUUCCAGCUGUGCUCCAUAGAAGUGACCUGUGAAUCUGCUAGUGUCAUGGCAGCCACUCUUGCCAAUGGUGGGUUUUGCCCCAUCACUGGUGAGAGAGUCCUGAGUCCUGAAGCAGUUCGGAAUACGCUAAGUUUGAUGCAUUCGUGUGGCAUGUAUGACUUCUCGGGACAGUUUGCCUUCCAUGUGGGUCUUCCUGCAAAAUCUGGAGUUGCUGGUGGCAUUCUCUUGGUUGUUCCUAACGUUAUGGGCAUGAUGUGCUGGUCACCUCCGCUAGACAAGAUGGGCAACAGCGUUAAGGGCAUACACUUUUGUCACGAACUGGUUUCUUUGUGCAACUUUCAUAAUUAUGAUAACCUGAGGCAUUUUGCAAAGAAGCUUGAUCCUCGGAGGGAAGGUGGUGAUCAACGAGUGAAAUCUGUAAUAAAUCUGUUGUUUGCUGCAUAUACAGGAGAUGUGUCUGCACUUAGAAGGUUUGCCUUGUCGGGUAUGGAUAUGGAACAGAGAGACUAUGAUUCUCGAACAGCUUUGCACGUAGCAGCUGCAGAAGGUCAUGUAGAGGUAGUUAAAUUUUUGCUGGAAGCGUGCAAAGUGAAUCCUUUCCCCAAAGACAGAUGGAACAAUACACCUAUGGAUGAAGCUUUGCACUUUGGACAUCACGAUGUAUUCAAAAUUCUUCAAGAAUAUCAAGUUCAGUACACCCCUCCCGACAACUCUAGUAACGGAAAAGAAAGUCAAACUGUACAGAAGAACCUAGAUGGCUUACUAUAACACUCUUCUGACUGAGAUUCAAAGUUAACGAUCUAUUUAAUUGUGGAAAAUGAUUAUGAAGAGUGUGUUUCUGUUGGAUAGUGAUGUAUAUUUUCCAGAGUACUGCUUUGUUCCAAUGUUACAGCAGCUUUGUUUGUUGCACACAAAAAACAAUAGUUUCUUUUUCAGAAAAAAAACCCCCAACUAUUCAUAUGUGAGCAAUAUUACCUUGUGCUACGUGCAAGUGAUAGAAAUUAUUGUUGGCUAUACGCACAGGGGUU